AUGGGAUACCCCCCACCUAACGCAGUCUUAACCUGGAUGUUCCUGCUCUUGCUAUUGGAAGCCUGGGCAGGACGCUCCAGGGCACAGGAGUCCAAGGUGCUGGGGGGUCAGCAGUGCGAAGCCCACUCUCAGCCUUGGCAGACGGCCUUGUUCCAGGGCGAGCAACUGCUCUGUGGGGGUGUUCUUGUAGAUGCCAGCUGGGUCCUCACAGCUGCCCACUGUAAAAAACCGAAGUAUACAGUACGCCUAGGAGAUCACAGCCUGCAGAAUAAGGAUGAGUCAGAGCAAGAAAUACCUGUGGCUCAGUCCAUUCCACACCCCUGCUACAACAGCAGCAACGACAAUGACCACAAUCACGAUCUGAUGCUCCUUCGACUACGUGGCCAGGCAUCCCUGGGGUCCAAAGUGAAGCCCAUCAACCUGGCAGAUCACUGCCCCCAAGUUGACCAGAAAUGCACCAUCUCAGGCUGGGGCACUGUCGUCAGCCCCCAAGAGAAUUUUCCUGACACUCUCAACUGCGCAGAAGUAAAAAUCUUUCCCCAGAAGAAGUGUGAGGAUGCCUACCCAGGGAAGGUCACAGAUGGCAUGGUUUGUGCAGGCGAGAGCAAUGGGGCUGAUUCAUGCCAGGGUGAUUCUGGGGGCCCACUGGUAUGUGGUGGUGUCCUGCAGGGCAUCACAUCUUGGGGUUCAGACCCUUGUGGGCGGCCUGAGAGACCUGGCGUCUACAUCAAUAUCUGCCGAUACCUGGACUGGAUCAAGAAGACCAUGGGCAGAAGCAGCUGAUCCUAGGACGAGCCCUGGA